UCACCGCGGUGUGAGAGGAAUGCAGCCCAUCGCUGAAUUAGCUUCUGUUGGAAUGUAUUCAUGUGUAACAUCCCACUGACUGGAUGACAUCACAACAGCUCCAGGUCCUUGAAAGUCUUGAGGAUGAUUAGCUGAAGGAAUUGGCUGUUUCUGCCAAUCAUAAUCCAGCAAAGCUGCCUUUAUAGUUCUGGAGAUAUGAGAGAGAGGGAGGGAGAGAAAGACCGACUACAGCUAAACAAGAGGCACAGCAGCACUAGCAACAGCAGAGCAGGAGCAGCUGGUAUUCCGGUGAUUAAAUAGUUCUCAUAGCCUUUUUGCUGUACUCGGUCUGCUCCCUGGUGUAAUUCUCGUGUCCAAGAAGGAAGCUGCAUUUUAACGGUGUGCUGAACAGAGGUUUGAAUCAUUCCAGCUGGCUGCUUGUUUUGAAAAGGACAAUGUGUGUAUAAAUAAAAGGACUCUGCUGGAAGAGUUCAGAUACUAAGACUGGAGCUAGAGAGUGCUCUUGGAAUAUUGUUGAGGCAGAUUGCAUGAACUGAAAGCUCCUUCUAAUUAACCUGGAGCCAAGUGAACCUGAAUACUGGAUACCUCAUGUUCUAAGUCGGGAUAAAUUCAAGUUAGGAAAAGGCAAAAUAUUGAAAUGCUUCUCUAGAUUAUGCUUAGAGGAUUCUGCAGCAAUUCUUGAUAUUGGACAUAUUCAAAAUCUCCUCAACUUAUGUCCUCCCCGUCUAUUGCCUUCCAGCUUUAACUCAGUUGUGCUCCCUUCAGACAUUUUACAUGAUUUGCAAUGGUUACAUGAACUCUGGGGAAGUCAUAUUUGCAACAUCUCAUACUUUAUUCACUAUGGCACUUUAGGAAAAGAAAUUGGGGAAAAGCUUCCAAAACAUUAUCUUAAAAAAUGAAUCUUAUUGUGAAACUUCGGAGAAGUUUUCGAACAUUGAUUGUUCUCUUAGCUACCUUUUGCUUGGUGAGCAUUGUCAUUUCUGCCUAUUUUCUCUACUCUGGCUACAAACAGGAAAUGACACUUAUCGAAACCACUGCAGAAGCAGAAUGCGCUGACAUCAAAAUUCUACCAUAUCGGUCAAUGGAGCUGAAAACAGUGAAACCUAUUGAUACAUCCAAAACUGACCCUACUGUCCUUCUCUUUGUGGAGAGCCAAUACUCUCAACUUGGUCAAGAUAUCAUAGCUAUUUUGGAGUCCAGCCGAUUUCAGUACCACAUGGUCAUUGCCCCUGGAAAGGGAGAUAUACCUCCUCUUACAGAUAAUGGCAAAGGGAAAUAUACUUUAGUUAUUUAUGAAAAUAUUCUGAAGUACGUCAGCAUGGACUCAUGGAAUCGAGAGCUUUUAGAAAAAUACUGUGUGGAAUACAGUGUUAGUAUAAUCGGUUUUCAUAAAGCCAAUGAGAACAGCUUACCAAGUACACAAUUAAAAGGCUUUCCGUUAAACCUUUUCAAUAAUCUAGCUCUAAAGGACUGUUUUGUUAACCCUCAAUCUCCUUUGCUACAUAUUACCAAAGCCCCCAAGGUUGAGAAAGGCCCUCUUCCUGGGGAAGACUGGACUAUUUUCCAAUAUAAUCAUUCAACCUACCAGCCUGUACUUUUAACUGAAUUACAGACAGAAAAAUCCCUUUCAUCCUUGUCUAGCAAAAAACUCUUUGCAACGGUGAUUCAGGAUCUGGGGCUUCAUGAUGGAAUUCAGCGAGUACUUUUUGGCAACAACUUGAACUUUUGGCUGCACAAGCUCAUCUUCAUAGAUGCCAUCUCCUUCUUGUCAGGGAAGAGGCUGACAUUGUCCUUGGACAGGUACAUCCUUGUGGACAUUGAUGAUAUAUUUGUUGGGAAAGAGGGAACAAGGAUGAAUGUCAAAGAUGUGAAGGCAUUACUAGAGACUCAAAAUUUACUGCGCACUCAGGUUGCAAAUUUUACCUUCAACCUUGGAUUUUCAGGGAAGUUUUACCACACAGGGACUGAAGAGGAAGAUGAAGGAGAUGACCUUUUACUUCGGUCUGUGGAUGAGUUCUGGUGGUUUCCUCACAUGUGGAGCCACAUGCAGCCCCACCUCUUCCACAAUGAGUCAUCUUUAGUAGAGCAGAUGAUUCUCAACAAGGAAUUUGCACUGGAACAUGGAAUACCAAUCAACAUGGGCUAUGCUGUGGCCCCACAUCACUCAGGGGUCUACCCAGUUCACAUUCAGCUGUAUGCAGCUUGGAAGAAGGUCUGGGGUAUUCAAGUCACCAGCACUGAAGAAUAUCCACAUCUGAAACCUGCCCGGUACAGAAAGGGCUUCAUUCACAAUAGCAUCAUGGUCCUCCCUCGACAGACUUGUGGGUUGUUCACUCACACUAUUUUCUACAAAGAAUAUCCAGGAGGACCCCAAGAACUGGAUAAAAGUAUCAGAGGAGGUGAACUUUUUCUCACAAUCCUUCUAAACCCAAUCAGCAUUUUCAUGACCCAUUUAUCAAACUAUGGAAAUGACCGCCUAGGGUUGUAUACCUUUGUGAACUUGGCCAACUUUGUGCAGAGCUGGACCAACCUGAAAUUGCAAACUCUGCCUCCAGUGCAGCUGGCCCACAAGUAUUUUGAGCUCUUCCCUGAGCAGAAAGACCCUCUAUGGCAGAAUCCAUGUGAUGAUAAACGACACAAAGACAUCUGGUCCAGAGAGAAAACUUGUGACCACUUACCAAAAUUUCUAGUAAUUGGUCCACAAAAAACAGGAACAACUGCACUUUAUUUAUUUCUUCUAAUGCAUCCUUCAAUCAUCAGCAAUCUCCCUAGUCCAAAGACAUUUGAGGAAGUUCAGUUCUUUAAUGGCAACAACUAUCACAAGGGAUUAGACUGGUAUAUGGACUUUUUCCCUACACCAUCCAAUACUACAAGUGACUUUCUGUUUGAAAAGAGUGCUAAUUACUUCCAUUCGGAGGAAGCUCCCAAACGAGCUGCAUCUCUUGUCCCCAAAGCCAAGAUCAUCGCCAUCCUUAUUGACCCCUCAGACAGGGCAUACUCUUGGUACCAGCACCAACGAUCACAUGAAGAUCCAGCUGCUCUGAGGUUCAAUUUCUAUGAAGUUAUUUCAGCAGGACAUUGGGCUCCAUCUGACUUAAAAACUUUGCAGAGAAGAUGCCUAGUACCUGGAUGGUAUGCAGUCCACAUAGAAAGAUGGCUAACUUACUUUGCUACUUCUCAGUUGCUAAUUAUUGAUGGACAGCAGCUGAGAUCUGACCCAGCUACUGUGAUGGAUGAAGUCCAGAAGUUUCUGGGAGUUACACCUCAUUAUAAUUACUCUGAAGCACUAACGUUUGAUCCCCAAAAGGGUUUUUGGUGUCAAUUACUGGAAGGAGGAAAGACAAAAUGCCUUGGAAAAAGCAAAGGCCGAAAAUAUCCACCUAUGGAUCCAGAGUCUAGAACUUUCCUCUCUAAUUACUACCGAGAUCAUAACGUGGAACUAUCCAAACUACUACACAGACUGGGACAGCCUCUGCCAUCAUGGCUGAGACAGGAACUGCAGAAAGUGAGAUAGCACUGGAGACAAGAACCAAGCCUCUCAAGAUACUUUUAGUGUUAAAAAAAAAAAAAAAAAAAAAAUCCACAACCUUUAUUCUUAAGCACUUGUGAUUGUCAACAAAGAACUGUGUGAAUAAAUUUCCUUCAGCCUUUUUCAUAAAAUGAAAACUGUUAUAUAUGCACGCAUUGACAAUUACUAGCAUCAGUCCCUGUGUAAGCUUCUGGGAGAUAAUGUGGGGGUUUGUGGCAUUAUCCAGUUUCUAGUGUAUAGAUCAUAGCACAGCCCAGUUCCUAUGUUAAGCAUAAGGUUUCAGAUGCUCUAUGUACGCCUGAUAAUCUGGAUUAUAUACAAGUGACCAGUUAAAACGUUAAGGAAAAAAUGAGUGAGGUAUCUGUAAAUGAGGUUAGUCGUAACUCAGUAUUUGAAGUAAGGGCUAACAUUUUCCCCUUGGGAACUUAAAAACAAUUUUGCUUUUAUUAUGAGAAGGAAUUAUGUGACCCCAUACUCUUAUUGUGAGUAAUUAUUCUUUAUUAUAUCAGCCCACAUAUUUUCUUUCUGCAGUGACUCCUCUCUAUUAAUUUCUUGACUUAGAGCUUCCCAUGUGUUUUGUUUUCCUCCUGUAAGAGGAGACUGUCUGAGAGCUUCCAUAUUCACUGAUAUUAUUUUAUCUUCCAUAUUCACUGAUAUUAUUUUAUCUGGCAGCACAUGCCUUUCCAAUUGAAUUUGUCAUUAUGAUUCCAGCAAAAUCUGUUAAAGUUUUUGGGGAAAAAGAAGAGUAUGAAGCUGCAUAAUACCACUAUUAAGUCUAAGGCCAUCUCUAAGUGGGUCCAGAAACUUACCAUACUAAUAAUCUAGAUAUUUCCACCUUGACAAAGAUAUAGUAUUUAUAUAUUUUUCACUAUCUGAGGUAGAAAUAAAGCUUUAUUGAUAAAAUAUGGAAUGAAAACACCAAGGUGUGUUUGCAUAUAUAGUGAGGCAGUGUGCCUUCUACAUAGUAUAUGUCAAUCUUUUUAAAGCAUGAAUUUUUUCAUAUAUGCCAGUACAUCUACUAUUGUAGAAGAUUAUGUUUUUAAUGACUAUUAAAAAAUAAGUAUAAUCCAAAUCUUACCUCUUCAAACAUCACUUAUUCUCUAACCUAAACCCAAUUUCUCAGCUACACCACCCAAAUAUUAAUUUCUGGAGAAGUAAUGUUCUUUCUGUCUUAGAGUUAUAGGUUAUUUUCUUAUUUGGAGGUUAUUGUAAGGCUAGUUGCAUUUUUAUCUCAUUUGUCAAUGAUGGUAUAUUGAUAUUUUAUUAAACUUUUCAGUAAUACAUGAAGGUAAAAUUUCAACAGAACAGUAAAUCAAACUGACUUUGGUAACAUUACCCAACAACCUCUGCUUCCUCCAGAGUAAUUUUUCUGUUGGCUGUAGAUAAUACUACUUUUUCUUGUAAUUUGAGAAAUUAUGCUUGCAAUAAUAUAAUAGCAAAUCAAAGAUCUGUAUUUUUCUGUAUGUUGUUUGUUGUUGAUUUUUAAGCAAACACAUCAAAUUUAUGUGUCCUAAUUGGGGUAGUCAGCAUCCAACUUUACAUUUAUACUUCAUUAAGAUUGUUUGUUUUCCUGUUGUUUCUCAGCGAAAGGAUCUUGACCCUCUUCAAAACAUGUAAGGCUUUUCAUGGAUAUGAAUGUCAAUCACAUAUACUUUUGUUGUUCCUCUCUGUUAACUGUGAGGCUCAAUUCUCCACCUUAUUAUUGCAUAAGUGAGUGUGUGCUUCACAGCAUUUUAUUAUGCACACUAAAAUCACAGUAACUGCAUGUAGAGCUCUAACCUUUGAUUGAUUUAUUCAUUAGUUUCCUCCAAUGUAUAAUUAUUUCUUUUUAAAAAUAGAGAUUAACUUUUUUUCAAGUGGAAUAAAAGUAAUAUUUAUAGAACAAAGGGAAACUUUUUUACAUCUCAAGUACAAUCUAUGUAACUCAAGGUUCUCCCACCCAUCACCUGGCAUUUAAAAGUGUAACUCAUUUUAUGCCAUUUUCAUUGUUUUCUAAAUAAUGUAUACAAUAUCAGUUAGCUGUCUACAGAUAUCUGGGAGCAAAAUUUUCCCCAAACUCAACUAGUCUUUUCAAUUUGGUUACUUUAAUCAGUGUGAACAUAUUUCUCAUGAAGGUUGAUAGUGAAGACAACAAAAUAAAUUUUAAUUAUAUAAUUUAUCUUCAUCUUACAAUAAACUACUAGGAGGAGCUCUGGGCUGUGAGAUUAUAGUUAAUCAGGAAAAAUUUAAUAUUUAAGAAGAUCUUGCUGUUUUUUUCCAAUUUUUACCCACUGGCUAUUUUAGAAUUAUUGACUCAAGAUUUUAAUACAUGUAAUUAUUUAAAAUGUUAAAUAAAUUUGAUCUCAUGGUCUUAAAUAAUAUAUGUUUUAGUAGUCAUGAAAUUUAUUUAAGCUCUCUAUAAAUAAAAAAGUAAUUACAAUGAAGUUAUAGAAAUGGAGACUUUUAGUUCUUAGGCUAAAUUCAGGCUGUUUGUUUAAACUUUCUUUUAAUUUCUACCAAUGAAUAUAAGGCAUCACAAACUGUAGGCAAAGCAAUUAAGUAGAGUAGUAUAUUAAUCUCUCAAAUAAGGUGUCAAACUAACUUUCAGUGGUAUCUAUUCAAUAGUCAGUAUAAAUACAGAGACGGGGUCUUGACAAAAGCCACAAUAAAAACAGCGUGGUGGGCCAUAAAGCAAAAGAAGUUUCUCAAUAAAUAUUUCUGAAAAGGGAUAGAUACCUCAUCGCUGUGAAAUAACAACACCUUAGAAUCCUAUAUGUUCUCUUCACCACUUUAAAUGACAUACUUUCUUUAAAAAUUCUAAAGCAAGCUAGUUUCUCUCCCUUCUUUUUUUAUAAUCCAGUUGCCUAAUUCACAGAUAUAAUUACUGAUGACCUCACAUUGAUAAAGGCAAAAACAAUAUUUGAUUAUUGUCUUUAUCAGAAUGUGUAUGCAUAUCAAGUAACAGUCUCCAAAAAUUAUAUUACAAAACUGAUCCCAAACCAAAUUUUGUUUGUAUUUAACAAUGGCCCAAUGAGAAUUAAAUAAACAACAAGAAAGAAUGCUAGUGAGAAAAAAUUAUACUCUUUUUAUCACAUUUUUUCUAGAAAAAUAGCUUUUAGUCCAAUACAAGAUUUUGUAGCUCUCGAUUUUAACAAACCCAUCUAUUGACCCUGUGUAGUUUUUGUUGUUCUGUCUCACUAUUUUAAUAUAAUGUGACACACUUACCAUGAGAACUGCUUUAUUUUUAAUUACAGACAACACAAAACAUGUAUGGGGGAAAGAUAUCUUAAAAGCUCAGUUUCUGGUGGCUAGAAAACAUAAUUGUUUUGUUUAUUGAAGUACCUCAAAAAUAAUGCUGGCCCAUUAUUCCAAAAAGAAAAAGUCUUGCAAGUAGAAUUUUCUUUCAACAAUAAGAACACAGCUUAGCUAUGGACACACACACACACACAAACACACACACACAUAUGUGUAUAAUGCAAAUGUAUAUGCAUAUAUAUGGUGUCUGAGAAAUUUCAACUAGUUUUUGAUCUCCCAAAUUAUAUUUUCUGUGUCAGCCAGUGAGGUGGGUGGGAAAAGCAGAGAAAGAACUCUGUAUUUACUGAAAUUGUUAAAAAAACAAACAAACAAACAAAAAAAACAGAUGUAGUACAUGCAUAGCGUAUCAUUGGUUCUCACUUCCUCGGAAUAAAUACUACUGCUGGUAUGGUCACUAGAGUCAUGUUUUUUCUCCUCUGAAAUCCAAGGCUUUAAUCAAUCGUUGAUUCUUUAUCUUUUCUUUUAUCUUUCUUCACUGUAUACAUACUCCCUGAAUUUUAAACCCUUAACAAGUAUAACCACAAGGUUAUGAGAACAGGCUUUGAAUGUCUGAAUUCUCACCCCAGUUCUACCUCUUACUAGCUACUAGCUGUGUGGCCUUGGACAGUUUGUGGAGCUUUUCUAUGCCAGUUAGUAAAAGAUAGACAAUAAUUAUUCAUUGGGUUUUUGUAGGCAUUAAUUGAAAAUACAUUUAAAUAACUUAGCACAAUGCUGAUGCAGUUGGGUGGGAAUGUGUUAACAACAUGUAAAAUUUGAAUCAUUCUCUCUUUGUUUAUCAAAAAGAAUAUGUUUUUCCUACUCCUUUUAAAAUAAAACAUAUAAAUCUUAAACAUAUAAUUAUAUAUGGUCAAAAUGGGAAACUGUCUUCCUCAUCACUAUCAAAAAAUAAAUUUUGUACUUCUCCUUGCUGUUUUUCUGAUAAUAUUGACAGUAAAAUAGUGCCAUCUGAGUCCAUUCUA